UUGUAUAAGAUCAUGCACAUCUGAAGAAUUAUGUGAAGACUUACCGCAUGCAGCCACGAUCACAGUGGAUCCUUCGUCUCAGGCAUGAAAUCUCGCCGCACCUGAUACAACAACUGUCAACACUUGCCUGGUAACACGGGUAGCCUGGCAUGCCAAUGCCAAACACUCAACCACCGUCUAAGAUGGCCAACAUCAGGAUUCCUUUCGCAUUUCGCAUCUCGUCGCUCGUUCUUCAUCCACCUUGAAGGUUUUUCUUUCCUUUCGUAACCGCUGGCCGGUCCCUUUUUCGCUCGUUUUUUUUAAUCUUUUGUAAUGGUCCGGCAAUUCACCUUUUUACCUGGAGAUCGGAGGGAUACUGGAGAUGAUGGCAGGACGAUGCGGUACAGCCAUUGGGGACGGUAUAAUACUUUCUAUGGACUUUCGUUUACGACGACGCUUUCGACGGUCCUUUUGCUGGCGCAGCUCAACGAAUGCAGGGUUACGGGUCAGCUCUUUACUCUUGCGAAUAGGUUCCCUGGUUCCGCUGCGUUAGUUGUUCAGCUCCUCGCCGCUUUCUUCGGACUUUUGCAUCUCGCGGUCAUCUGCAAGCUCAUCAACUAUGCCCUGCGGUUACGUCUCAACAAGGUCAGCGUUUCCCUUGAUGUGUUGCGCACUUGGGUAGAUAUGAGCAUCAUGCGCGUGGAUUGGGACUUGCCUCUACGGUUCUUCUUUCCCUCCGUCUUCGUUGUUCUUCUCAGCCUGGUGCCCGCGGCGCUUUGGGCUGGUUCGAUGACACCAUCGGUAUCGCGGACGGUGGACAGCGGGAUGCUGUUGAUCCCAAGCUACGAGGAUGUGUCGAUGAUCAAAGAAUAUCCGAUGAUGAUUGGCAGUUCGGGACCGUCACUUCGCACGCAAAAGGGCUUCUUCACGUAUUCAGUUGGCCAACAACAAAGCAGUCAGCUUCUAGCAUCAGCGGCUCAGGCGUCUUCUUUGGGUGGAGGGCCCCAUGUCCAUCGCAAACUCGACAACACUCAAUUCAGCUAUCGAGGCCGUUCAUAUGGUGUCGGUGCGUCGAUCGGAUUAAUGGACCAAGGAAUCAGGUCGAACAGCCAGGUCGCGGGAUACAUCUACCAGGAGGAGGGCUAUCUGGCAAACGUCACCUGCACGUACAACACGACUUCCAACUUCACUCUUUCCGGACCAGUCAACGAAUGGAUCUAUGCAGCUUCCGGCAACCUUCCCGACAGUGAAGAGGGUCCGGAGUACUCAAACUACAUUGGUCACGACGGAAAAGCCAUCGUAGCAAUGGGCGUAGCGUACAGCGACCGCUCGCCUCGCCGCUACCUCGCCAUCGCUGCAGGCUCAGCCUACUCCUUUCUCAACACCACACAAUGCGAAUUCGACUUUACUCCCACCCUAUUCAACGUCACCGUCGACGUCGGCAAUCUCAACAUCACCGUCAAGCCCGUGCGCACAAUGCCCGAUUUCAAUCCUCAGCGAAACGUCACACGCACGGUUAUGCGGCAGUUCGAGCUCAUGUCUAAUGACAUGACGAACUUGUAUGUAUCGCUGCUUGGCGAAGCGUUCAACUCCAGUAUUGCGGCAUACAAGAUGUCAGAGACGUUCAAUAACCGGACGUUUACUCAAGAAGAAGCGACACUCGCGGGUCUCACCAAUAGCAUGGUUGCUAUGGCUGAUGACAUGCUGGUUGCGUAUGCCUCUGCGCAACUCAUGGUUGGACGCAUGUUCACUCAGCAACCAGCCAAAGUCUACGUUUACGCGUUGCAAUUUGGUCAACCAAGUUACAUCUACGCUAUUUUCACGCUUAACCUUGUUAUUAUCCUUGCUGUUGUGUUUGAGGCGGUGCGCACAGCAGCGUGGUCUGCGCUGGGUCGAUUCAACUACCUUGAUCCCCGCGAUCUCAUCAUUGCUGCAUCCAGGGGUGGAGGCGACAUUGCAGCCGCAGCCGAUGACAUCAUGGAGCGGAGAGAAGGAAGGAGGAUGAAGCAUAUCUGGCUGCUGAGCGACCCCGACGGCGGCAACGGUUCCCUCAUCGUCAACUUACGGGGCGACCAAGACGGCCAUGUCAAGAUCGAAGUGGGCGCUGGGCAAUGCAACAGAGACACAGAGAGCGCAUACCCACCAGACGAAAAGAGUAUGUAUGUGGAACAUGGCGCUGAGACAGAGCGGGGACCAUUAACACCCAAGACACCUUUGAAGAUGAAGGUUGGCAUUUUUGGUUCAAAGCAGUGAGAGACAUUAGUUUAAGAUAUCUUGUCUUGUUACAUGUUAGACGCACUGUUCGGCGCUUGGUGCGCUUUGUGGAUUUGGUCGAAAGAAGGUAUUUAGAUCAGCUAAUGAGAC